AUGUACCCCGCGGAUUGCGUUAUCGGGAACCUUCCGGGAAGCAGCGUGCGCGCGUAUCGAAUCUCUGGGUACAGCCGGACUGCCGUGGCGCCUUCCAAUAGGUUCAAGAUUGGAAGGCCUGUGCUGUCAGGGGGAAGCAAUGGCGGGACAAUCAUAAGGUUCUCUCGUUCUCGACGGGACGGAGGGGCGGUACGAGUGACCUUCAGUGGCAGCAGCAGCCUCAUCUGGGCCUUUUCUGAGUCUGGAUCGACAGACCUGGCUUUCCAUGGCGACAACGCAGGUUCAAUGAAUGUGGACUUCUCGUGUGCAUCUGCACCUUCCAGCUCACAAGGAGGAGGUGGUGGUGGUGGUGGUGGUGGUGGUGGUGGUGGUGGUGGUGGUGGUGGUGGUGGUGGUGGUGGUGGUGGUGGUGGUGGUGGUGGUGGUGGUGGUGGUGGUGGUGGUGGUGGUGGUGGUGGUGGUGGUGGUGGUGGUGGUGGUGGUGGUGGUGGUGGUGGUGGUGGUGGUGAUGGUGGUGGCGAUGGUGGUGGUGAUGGCAUUGGUGACAAUGAUGCUGGCAUGGGUGGUGGAGAUGGUGAUGGUGAUGCAUAUGAUAAUGAUGAUAGGGAUGAGGGUGAUUUUGAGAGGGGGGGUGAUGAUGGUGGUGAUGAUGACGAGGAGGGGGACGAGAAGGAUUUUGGGCGAUGGAAGGAGGGGAAUAAUGAUAAAGAUGAUAAUGAUGAUGAGAAUGAUGUUAUGGAUGAUGGUAAUGAUAAUGAUGAUAUCAAGAGGGGAGAGGAUGGGGAUAAUGAUGGGGAUAACGAUGAUGAUGAUGAUGAUGAUGAUGAUGAUGAUGAUGAUGAGGAUGAGAGAUACGGGAAGGGGGGUAAUGGCUCCUCAAAUGGUGAUGGUGAUGGUGAUGGUGAUAAGGAAGACGUUGAGAGUGGGGAUGAUGAUGAUGCGGAUCAAUAUGAUGAUAGGUUUGGGGAGGUGGAUAAUGAUGGUGAUGAUGACGAUGAUGCUCAUAAGGAGGAAAAUGGAGGGAACCAGUCAUUGGCAUCCACGUCAGCAGUGUCUUCUGACAGUGACGACAGUGGCAGCGGCAGUGGCAGGGGCAACGUGGCAUGUGAGCCGUCAACCCUGCCUGACUAUGCGUGCUCCAUUCGACUCAAAGGCAACGAUUUCAUCCUCCACUGGAAAACCCAGGCUGAUACGAUAGCAAUGGCUGCUGACGUGGCAACGUCUGGUUGGGUGGCGGUCGGAUGGUCCAGCAGUGGCAAGAUGUACCCCGCUGACGCAGCCAUUGGGAAUCUGCCACGUGGCACUCUUGCCAACGGGGCGGCGGUGGGAGCGUACCACCUCAGCGGGUAUGGCUUGUCUGACGUGGCGCCGACGUCAUCGUUCGAGCUCACCAACACGACAACCACGACAGCGAAUGGGAGAACUAUCAUCACUUUCGAUCGCUCCCUCUCGGUGGGAGCGGACCCCAUCGGCUCCAACAGUGCCACCAUUCUUCUCUAUCCCCUAUCCUCCUCUCCCCCAUCUUCCUCUCACCCAUCCUCCUCUCACCCAUCCUCCUCUCACCCAUCCUCCUCUCACCCAUCCUCCUCUCACCCAUCCUCCUCUCACCCAUCCUCCUCUCACCCAUCCUCCUCUCACCCAUCCUCCUCUCACCCAUCCUCCUCUCCCACAGGUUUGAGCGACCCCCUCAGUGGGAGUGGUCCCCGUCAGCAGCAGCAGCAAUCGUGCCACCAGCAUGAUCUGGAAUUUCUCUUGAGUCGACUCAAACUUCGAGCGACCCCUCUCAGUGGGAGCCGUCCCCAUCAGCACCAAGAGUGCCACCAGCGUGCUCUGGGCCUUCUCUCCCAUCCUCCCCUUCACCCGUAUUCCGUAUCUACCUCUACCUGCAACCCUUAUUCCCGCAGCUUCGAGCGGCCCCUCUCAGUGGGUUCUGUACCCAUCAGCAGCAGCGGCGCCACCAGCGUGCUCUGGGCCUUCUCUCACUCCGACUCGCAGCAGCUGGACGACCACGGGCCCAACGAGUGA